CUGUUUGCCUUGUAUAUGGCAGAGUUAUCUCUCAUGACGCAUGUAACCACCAAACAGAGUCCUACAACUGUACAUAUGUCGUUGGAGUCUGAUGCCAGGGCAGUUUCCUGCCGAAAGGCAUUGAAGGUUGCGGUCAGUGCCCUAGCAUCAGAGGCAGGAUUUGAAAGGGCCGAGGAAGCGGCCGUGGAGACCCUAACAGAAAUGCUCCAGAGCUUUUUAACAGAACUAGGACGGAGCUCACAAGCCUUUGCUGAGUUGGCCGGAAGAACAGAAGGAAUGAUGACAGAUGUUGUUAUGGCUCUCAUUGAAAUGGGUCAAAAUCUUCAAGGUUUACCAGCGCAUGCCAAAAGACCAAACAAAUCUGUCUUCCUCCCUCCUUCACACAGCACCCCCACCCCCAAUCCGAGGACAUUACAGGCUGGAGACAAGAUGCCACACCCCUCCCAUAUCCCUGACCACAUGCCAGCAUUCCCCGACCCUCACACCUACAUCAGGACACUGACACAAAAAGCUCCAAUUAAUGAGUACCAGAUUAUUCGAGAAAAGGCAGCGUCACAAAAACGGGAUGUUGAGCGAGCCCUGACUCGAUUCAUUGCCAAAACAGGGGAAACACAGUCACUUAUCAGAGAUGAAGCCAAUCUAUUUCCAUUGAUAGCUGUAACACCCCACCCUCUGCCUUAUCUUAAUGCACUCCUACCAAAGGAUCAGGAUCUCCUGGCACAGGAGGAGGAAGCACAGCCUACUCCUUCUGGAAAAUCAUCAAAGUCCUCUCAGGGAGGGGCCAAGGAUGGGGAGACAAAUGAUCAGGAGGGGGAGACCACUGACCCCGAGGCCAUAGACAACCCCUACCUACGCCCCGUCAAGAUGGCCAGGUACCGCAAGAAAGGAGGGGGAGGGAACUGAGGAUUAGAACUGUUGUGUUCCUUAGAGGAAUUAAAUAAAUGAUCAAACUCUGCAUGUGGUCAACUGAAAAUAAGAAAUUUGAGUGAAAUUCAGUGACAAGGACAGCAGAAACUUUUGACUCUUCAAUGCUGCUGUCAGAAAUGGUGGUCUGAGAAAGCUGAAGUGAAGUUCAGAUAGAAGACUUCAGUGUCUAGGAGGACAGAUCAGUGCAGUGCUUUCUGAGCUGGAAGUGUUGAAGCUUGUGAAAAUAUAUGUAAACUAGGAAGUCUCUUGACAGAAUGCUAUUUCAGUUUGAUUUUACAUGCCAUGCCCUUAUUUGGAGCAUGCAAUUGUAAAGCGGAUUGCUGCACUGCAGUUGAAAUUGAUCUAUUUUAUCUGUCGCCAUAACUGAAAUACACCUGAGAGUGUAAAUGCUGAAUUAUUAAGUGUAUAUUCAAUAACAUUCAAAUCUGUCGAAAGCAACAUUUAUUUUCUGAAAUUAAUAAAAAAAAAUUGCGUAAAAUUGCAUUUGCUAUAUAUUUGAUGAAAAUGAUGUAUACAUAAGUCUGACCAUAUAGUGCAUUUAUAUCAGAAAAAGAUAGGUCUGCCAGGUGAACAAUAGUAAAACAGACAAAGCCACAAUGAUAAAUACAUAUAUCUUGGUUAGCAGAUAUCUAUGUUGGUUGUUCAAACAUUCCUCAGAGUUUGGCAACAGAGCUCUGUGUAAACAUGAUAGCAACCUUAUGUCUGUUAGAGACAGCUAGUGCUCUUCUCGGGAUUUGCUGGACAAAGAAGACUUUGCGUGAUAGGAAUUAUUUUUUUUUGAAACUGGAGAACCAGCCAUGAUUUUCAAAGUUGUACAGACUGUGGCAGAAAUUAUCUCCUCGUAUGACCGUGAAAGACUUGCAGAGACUUUUAAAUUAUCAAAGCAAAUUUCGUGCGAAUGCAUUCAUGAUCAGAUGCAUAAAUCGAUACUCAAACUGAGAUUGCUAGAAGGUGAAAAAGUUAAAAUGAUUUCUGUUACUCUGAGAGAACUGUUUACACGAAAGCGCAUUUAAAUUCAGGGCAUUUACAGAAAUUGAAUUGGAAUACAAUGAAUUUAAAAAGAAAACUUUUACAUAAUACAGUCCUCUUAUCUACUGGUUCAGGUGACCUUGUCGGUCACAGCUGAUUUACGACAUAUGUACACAGGUUUUAGAACUGUUUAUCUGAAGUAUGUGUUUUAAAAUGCAGAUUGGAAUGUCUUAUCACUACUAUAUUUACACACACAUAUAUUCGUAAAUGUUUGCUCUAUUCCCUUUGAUAUAAAAGUAUAUUGAAUAAAUCUAAAGUCUAACAGUAACAUAAAUAUUUCAUACAUCUAUAUUAACACUAAUGGGUUUGCACUCUUAAAAGGAAUACUUGAUGCAUGGCUCAAUAUUUUCUUGCGUAGUGCAGCGUUAAGUUGUUUUUUUUUAACUUGUAAAAAAUAUCCAUCGUCAACAAAUAAAAAUCACAGUAAAAAUUUCACUAGAAUUUCAAUUUUGGCACCAGAAUUUUAACACAGGCUGAAAACAUCUUCACCCUGAACCAAUUAAAGGAGCAAUCCUGUUUUGAUCGAGACCCGCGAAUCCUGCUGCCAUUUCCACAAAGUUCAUAGCUAUAUCCGCCCCUGUGACCACCAUUAGCACUAACGUCAAGGGAUCUCGCUUGCUCUGGAAAUAUAACUGAAAGAAGAUGAAGCAAGCGGUCACAGUGGCUGUCAGCUUGAAGUAGCCUAUCAAAUACACUACUCUUUCCGAUUUGUGCUCGUAACGCGAGAUCAAAAACGUCAAAACCAAAGCUGCCACAAAAAUCAAGGCAAGAUAGGCGAAGAAAACGUUUCUCCAGUGGUCACUCAUGAAGUUAAAUCCAGUGUUUAUCCACGCCAUUGCUAUUUCGGUGGCAUCGAACCCAUAACCGAUCCACAUACGGAAAAUGAAUAUCCUCGCUGCAUUACUCUCCCCAAGUUUGUAUACUCCAAGACAAUAAAGAGUAUCCAUGUUUUUGAAAAUAUCGACCUAAUUAAAUUCUUAAGUCAUUCUUGAGAGCUCCAAUUGUUAAUUAACAGACUUUUAAAGGCAGAGCGCUUCUCGCAGCUCGAGGCGGUUUGGUUUCUGCGAGUUGUCCCGACAUGUUUUGUGUACAA